UUCAAUAGAAAUUCAAUAGAAUGUUCUAACGAAUUCGAUAGGUUUUUCUAUUAAAUUUUUUCGUCCGUGGUAAUUCCGCCCUGUCAUUUUGCUCAUUAUUUUAAACAAUUUUCUUUUAUUGCAUACGGCAUACAGCACCUAAUGUACAAGUUGUGUUUUGUGGAGUCUGUAGGAGAGGUUGUGGUAAAGCGGACACUUUUGACUUUCUUUUAAACGCUAAUGCGGGGUUAAAAUGUUGCUGCAAUUUAUUUCUACCAAAAACCCUCCCCCACCCCAUGAUUCCAGUAAAAAUGUCGAGAUCAGGAGCUCUGAAGCUGUCGAAGCUCCGGGAGUUGAUGUCCCAAGUGCCAACGAGAGAGAAGGGCCGAGGGAUCCAAGCCCUCCUAGUGGCCUCCGAGGACGCUCACCUCUCCGAGUACAUAACCGACCACGACAAGCGUCGAGAGUUCAUAUCGGGUUUCAAAGGCUCCCUGGGAACGGCCGUGAUAACCCAGAAGGAGGCAGCCCUCUGGACAGACGGCCGAUACUACACCCAAGCGGCGACCGAACUCGAUCCCCCGGACGCCUGGAUCCUCAUGAAGAGAGGGACCGCUGGCACCCCAAGCGAAGAGGAUUGGCUGGUCUCCGAAUUGCCAGCGAACUCAACAGUUGGGGCUGAUCCCAACUUGUUGUGCUAUUCAACCUGGGUGCACCUCGAGGCGGUCCUGACCGGUGCAGGCCACAGUCUCCUCGCCCUCGAGGAAAAUUUGAUCGACCAACUCUGGGGCGACGAGCAGCCACCACUGACGCUGAACCCAAUAGUUCCGCAGCUGUUGAAGUACACCGGGAACAAAGGGGGUGACAAGAUCGCGAAAUGCCGAGCGGAGAUGAAGGAGAACAGAGUGGGCGCCCUCGUGAUCACCUAUUUGGACGAAAUAGCGUAUCUCCUGAACUUGAGGGGCUCCGACAUACCUUACAACCCGGUAUUCUUCGCCUACGUCAUUAUAACGCCGUCCGACGUUCACUUCUUCGUCGACAAAAGCAGAUUGACAGCGGAAGCUGAAGCCCAUUUGGCUGACGAGGGCGUCCCAGUGGUCUAUCAUCCGUACGAGGAUGUCAAGAAAUUCCUGCAGGAACUGGCGUUCGGGCGGGUGGUGAAGGAUGAAAAGAUUUGGAUUCAUAAUAACGCGAAUUAUGCGCUGCAUUAUGCCUGCGCUGGGGUGUCGAAGCAUGUCAGCAUCACGCCGACGAGGAUGAUGCAGAUCGUGAAGAAUGAGGUGGAGAUCGAGAGCAUGAAGAGGGCUCAUGCGAGGGAUGCUGCAGCUUUGGUCAAGUAUUUUGCGUGGCUGGAGGAUAAAGUCAAGAGGAAGGGGCAGCCUCCGGUUACGGAGAUCUCUGGGGCCACUCAGUUGGAGCAGUUUAGAAGUGAAAUGGAAAAUUUUGUGGGCCUGUCAUUCCCAACAAUAUCGUCGGUUGGAGCUCACGGUGCAAUAAUUCAUUACACCCCGUCAGCAGACACCGAUGUACCAAUUACAGACAAGGAAAUCUACCUCUGUGAUUCUGGAGCCCAAUAUUACGAUGGGACCACUGACGUCACCCGAACUUUUCAUUUUGGGGAGCCCACGAACUUCCAGAGGGAGUGUUUUACUCGAGUGUUCAAAGGACAGACAGCCCUCGCCACUGCCGUCUUUCCUAUUUUUCUUAAAGGGAAUUAUCUGGAUACACUCGCUCGAAAGAGUCUCUGGGAUGUUGGAUUACAUUACCUUCAUGGAACUGGGCAUGGCGUCGGUGCUUACCUGAACGUCCACGAGGGACCAAAUGGAAUUUCUUGGAGACCGCUCCCCGAUGAUCCUGGAGUCCAGCCUGGAAUAUUCUUCUCUAAUGAACCUGGAUUCUAUGAGGAUGGACAGUUCGGGGUUCGUUUAGAAAAUGUUCAAUAUGUUGUACCUGCAAAUACGCCAUAUCAUCACAGAGACCUGCAGUUCCUCACGUUUGAACCAGUUACUUUCGUGCCCAUUCAAACAAAUCUUUUAGAUGUCUCUCUCCUCAGCGAUGAAGAGAUAACGUAUCUGAACAAUUACCACGCGCGUUGUGUGGAGGUGCUCCAGCCCCUGCUUCAAGGUGAGAAAAACGCCCAGGCACUGGAAUGGCUGAAAAAGGAGACCAGACCCGUUUCCAGAUAAUCCCAGGAUAACAUCGAUGAACUAUAAAAAUCAACAAAAUACCAAUGUCCCAUCUAGAUAGAACUUUUAAUACUUGAAAAAGAGGAAGAAUCAAUAAAACUGGUGAUGAAGUAUUUUCAUACAA